CCGGAUGUAGUCCCCCCACCCCCUCCUGACGCUUCCAACAUGGCGUCGGCAAAGUGAGACUUUGGGCUAAUAGUUUGUUCUCAGCUCUGGUAAAAGUCAUCCCGGGGCUCUUUUGCGCUCUUUGCGGCGCCACGGACGGUUCACCGGGGAUCUUACGUGCUCUGAUGCUCGGCUGUUUGCCGCCACGGCCGCCGCCAUGUUCACCAAGAAGAAGAAGUCGCGCAUCCAGAUCUCGGCGCCGUCCAACUUUGAGCACCGCGUGCACACCGACUUUGACGAGCAGGAACAGAAGUUCGUGGGCCUGCCGCGCCAAUGGCAGUCGCUCAUCGAGGACACGGCCAAGAGGCCCAAGCCCUUCAUCGACGCCACCGUCAUCACCACCGUGGACCCGCACAAGACAAUCGUGCGCGGCAACAAGCUGGGGGUGGACGGCUCUCUGACUUGGCUUCUGGACGAGUUUGACAACAUGUCGGUGACUCGCUCAAACUCGUUGCGACGGGGCAGCCCCCCUGUGCAGCCUCGCCAGGAGAAUGGAGACCCCCACCAGCAGCAGCCCUCGCAGUCAGACAGAGAACGCCCCAGGCCGGACCCCCAGGGCGUAGGUGACCCCCGGCACGGUCAGCACGCCCUCCGCGGCUCUCAGCGAGGCGACGGGGUCCUCGCUCGGCCUCAGCAGCGACCCCGAGGCCAAGAGCCAGGCCGGGGCCACAGAGACAGACCGGGUUCUGGUCCCCCGCCGCCACCCCCUCACAGAGACAGAGAGCAUCGGGACCAGAACCAGGAUCAGCUGGUCCGCCGCGACCCGCAUGGUGAGCACAGGCCAAAGUCCAGCUACCGGGUGCGGGAUGGCAGCCCCCAGUCCCCCCGAGAAAAGAGGCCUCUCUCCGGGCCCAACAUCCGCACCCCACAUCUGCCGGUGACCGACGGGGUGAUGAAGACGGCACAGCAGACGACGCGGCCGUUCAACACGUAUCCUCGGGCGGAGAGCGACGGGGGACGCAGCCCCACUGGGCCGCCGGUGCAUCCCCACGAGUCAUCCCCUCAAAAUGGCCCCUCCAUCCCCCGGCGAGGCUCUUCCGGCUCCAAGCCCCCCGUCGGCCACCCUCACCACAGCUCGUCGCAUCCCAACGUGACGCCCGAGGCCGGCCAGCAACCGCACACCCCUCACCCCAACGUGCCGGCACCGCGGCCGCCCGCCCCCUCCGGCCUGCCGCCGCCCCCCGAGGCCCGCUCCCCGCAGAGGGAGCCGCAGAGGGUGUCCCACGAGCAGUUCCGGACGGCUCUGCAGAUGGUGGUGGAUCCCGGUGACCCGCGCACCUACUUGGACCACUACAUCAAGAUCGGAGAGGGCUCCACGGGCAUCGUGUGCAUCGCCACCGUCAAGACGACGGGAAAACUGGUUGCGGUGAAAAAGAUGGACCUGAGGAAGCAACAGCGCAGAGAGCUUCUUUUCAAUGAGGUGGUGAUCAUGCGUGACUAUCACCACGAGAACGUGGUGGAGAUGUACAACAGCUACCUGGUGGGCGACGAGCUCUGGGUGGUCAUGGAGUUCCUGGAGGGCGGCGCCCUCACGGACAUCGUGACACACACUCGGAUGAACGAGGAGCAGAUCGCCACCGUGUGUCUGUCCGUCCUGAAGGCCUUGUCGGUGCUGCACACGCAGGGCGUCAUCCACCGCGACAUCAAGAGCGACUCCAUCCUGCUCACCCACGACGGCAGGGUGAAGCUGUCCGACUUCGGUUUCUGCGCUCAGGUGUCGAAGGAAGUGCAGCGCAGGAAGUCUCUGGUGGGCACGCCGUACUGGAUGGCGCCCGAGCUCAUAUCGCGACUUCCCUACGGACCCGAGGUAGACAUCUGGUCCCUGGGCAUCAUGGUCAUCGAGAUGGUGGACGGGGAGCCGCCGUACUUCAACGAGCCGCCGCUCAAGGCCAUGAAGAUGAUCCGAGACAACCUACCACCCAAACUCAAGAACCUGCACAAGGUGUCCCCGGUGCUGAAGGGCUUCCUGGACCGCAUGUUGGUGCGCGACCCGUCUCAGCGCGCCUCCGCCGGGGAGCUGCUAAAGCACAGCUUCCUGAGCAAGGCCGGACCACCGUCCUGCAUCGUGCCCCUCAUGAGGCACAACCGUGUCAGAUGAGGACUACUUGUACAGUUUGGCCUUUUCUACUGUUGGGGGGGGGGGGGGGGGGGUGCAUGGUUGCUUGUUUGUUCUUCCCUGGAUACAAAGCAAUAAUUUUGGCUGAGUUUGUGUGUGUGUGUGUGCGUGCGUGCGUGCGUGUGUGUGUGUGUUCACGACUCAAGCACGAGUCUUACUGUUAAUGGAAAGAACACGUACUGUAACCUGCCUAACCUGGAACUUUUAUUAUUAUUUGGACCCGGCUUGGAUUUUAAGAGCGGACGGGAGAGCCUUGGCCUUGUCUCGGUCCCGGUUUCUGUCCCGCCGGGACUUUUGACUACUGAGCGACGCGCGCCAGCGGGAGAACGAGCAAAACAUGAAGUCAAAGGUAAACACUGGAGUUGAUAUUGUUGCUUUUCUGUAUGGGAAUAUGAGUGUCACUGUCAUGUGGUCCUGAUUUGAUUUUAAUGUUUAUGAUGAUUUUGGUAUGAUGAUGAUGAUGAUUUUUUUCAAGCACUGUCAACACUAGAAGCUGCACACACACGUACACACUUAUACACACACAAGCCACAACAUGACUGCAAUGUAUUGAAUUAGACACAAAAACAAACAAGUCUUUCAAACAUAUACUGUACAACCACUUAUACACACACACACACACACACACUGGUUGUCAUGUGGCUGCUAGGUGUACAUACAUACUAUUUUUUUAAUUAACUUUUUAGAUCACACGAAUUUUGUACAAAAAAAGAGAAUAGAUGAGGCUGAUAUUUGAUCUAGCGAUGAUGAGUUGUGAUAUCUUUCCAAACGGUGCUUCCUUUUCCCUUCGCUGACGUGAACAACAAACGUGAUUUUAUACCAAACAAAAGCAAGCAUGGGUUUGGCGCGUAGCACAGAACAUACGUGUUGUUAUUUUUAUACAUGGACUUGUGCUUCUCAUGUAGCAGAACGAGCUGGUACGUCCUGGUUUACCUCCCAAGCAGCAGGGGGCAGCGUGCCCACCUAUCCUUUCUUUGUUUCUUUUUCUUGGCUGGAACGGAAUGUUGGUUCACUUUUAGAUUUUAGCUCCGAAACACUAACCAAUCAGCGAGUCGGGAAUUACGUUGUUUUUGUUUGUUUGUUGACUCGCGACUGAAGCGACAAUCAGGUUUACUUGAAAUUGGUAACCCCCCCAAAAAUGAAGAAGACACUAAGCUAUCUACUCAAAUUCAAUUAAUCAAAUUGUAUUUCAGUUCAGCAAACAUUGACAAAAAAAAAUCCUUGGUGGAGGUAAUGUUACAACCUACGUUCUAUUCAGGCUAAUGUGUUGCAAAAAAAAGGCUCGCUAACUCUAGUUACUACAGCUAGCAAACUUUACAUCAGGACGUUUUGGACUGUAGUUGUGAACGUACAAAAACAUUGAAAACGCCAAAAUGGUGUCCAAUAAGUAAGACGUAACUACAUUGUGCUCUAUGCUGGCCUGCUAACAUGUCCCAGAAAGAGGCUAGCUAACACUGACUACUACAACUAGCUAGUUUAUGCGAUUUUAGGCCAUUCUUGUUUGCCAGUGUUCCUCAUGCUUUGAAAACAUUUUCUCAUAUUUUUGAGUGACAAAAUGGUGUCCGUAAAGUAGGACAUCGGCGAAAGUAACUAGGCUAGCUAACACUUAGUGACUGCAACUAGCUAGUUUUACGCCACAAGACCUACGAUACUAUGUGUACGAUAACAUUCCUCGCACGUUGAAAAUGUUUUCUCGUGUUUUGUGCAACAAGAUGUCGUCGAAGUAGAACAUAGUUACAUGCUGACAUGCUAACUUGUCACAGAGUAAAGGCUUGCUAACAUUGGCGACUAGCUAGUUUUACAACAUUUUAGACCGUGCUCAUUUAUGACAUAAUUUCCCGCACGUUGAAAACGUUUUCUUGUGAUUUUGAGCCACAAACUGACAUGGCUGUGUCGGAGAACGUGACUAGGUUAGUAGCUAACACUGGCAACUAGAACUAGUGAGUUUUAUGUAAUGUCCCACGACACUAAGACAUGCGUCAACAUUCCUUGCACGUUUAAAUGUUUUUCGUUUUUGUGUAACAAGAUGGCGUCUAAGAAGUAGAAAGAACAUGGCUACAUCGGAGAAAGUGACCAAGCUAGCUAGAACUAGCUAGUUUUACGUCAUGUCCUACGACACGUACGACAACAUUCAAAGCACAAUGGAAAUGAUUUCCUUGUUUUUGAGCAACAAUCACUUCCCAGUGCGAAUUGUCUUUCAUAAAUAUUCCCCGUGGAUCUUGUUCCCGAAUGUUUUCUUCCGUUGCCAGUGUCGCAACGGUGUUGCUGUUGGGGGUUUGAGUGCCUUCCUUGCCUAGCGUGGACGCUCUGACGUCAUCGCUGGCCAAAUGAUGGGUCAUCCUGGUUAAUCCUGUGUAAAUAGAAAUCGAGAUGAACUGUUCCACUUUUCUAGUUGAUGAUGUCAUCAGCGUCUGUCUGUGUUGUCACUGGGAUUGGCGAGAAAAUAAAAACACUUCGCUUUGAAAA